GUUGCAACGACAUUGAAGUGAACUUUAAUUUUAUGUAAAUCGACAAACAAUUAAUUAAAUUAAAGAAAUAACAUUACUAUGCCCGUAUCCACAUGUUCAGGGGGCUCGUGCACAAUUUCGAGACCAAAAAAAUCUACAACAACUAAGUCUAAACCAAAAUCGACAACCACAAGCGCCAAGAAGACUACCGCUAAAAAGACUACGGCCAAGAAAUCGACAACCAAACCUAAGACCACCACAACAAAGGCCAAAUCAACAGCUAGUAAGACGAAGAAAUCGACAACAACGACAAGGAAGUCAACAACUGGUGCAAAAUCGAAAACAGCAGCGCGGAAAAAGACAACGACACGCCGACGGGACGACAGUUAUUAUAGCUGUAGUUCCGGUGGUUGUUACUAAUAUUGACGAGCGGGACAUCGAGCUGCUGAGAAAAAGACUUUUAAUGAUACUGAUUUAGAUGGAAGAUGGAUGAGCCUGGGGCCUAUAUUUAUGUUUUAGUAAUCUUAGUUUUGUCUUAAAAAAAAUCUUUGUAUUUGUAUUGAAAAUGUAACACUUGAUGUGAAUUUCAUUAAAGUAAAGUGCCCCUCGGGUGCAAAAAUGUA